GGUGCUGCUGUUACUGUAGUUUGGAGUCGUCAGGACUCAGAAGUGAACGUAGCAGCGUUUGGGCUCCGCUGAAGAACAGCUUUUAUUUUUAAACCUCAUUCCAUUAUUUUAUGAAUUGUACAUUUGUGUAGAUAGAUAUAUAUUUUUUUCUAUUUUUUUAAAGAACACCAAGACCCGGAGAAGAUGGAACUGAAUUCUCUUUUAAUUUUGCUGGAGGCUGCAGAAUAUUUGGAGAGACGAGACAGAGAGGCAGAACAUGGUUAUGCGUCUGUUUUACCCUACAGCAGUGACUUUUCCCGAAAGAAAACGAAAGCCACACCAAUUUCCAGAAAAGCUCAGAACAAUAGAUCAUCACACAAUGAGCUUGAAAAACACAGACGUGCCAAGCUACGACUCUACUUGGAGCAGUUGAAGAAGCUGGUGCCUUUGGGUCCAGACAGCACGAGACACACCACCCUGAGCCUGCUGAAAAGGGCCAAAAUGCACAUUAAGAAGCUGGAGGAACAGGACAGGAAGGCUUUAAAUGUGAAGGAGCAGCUUCAGAGAGAGCACCGCUACCUCAAACGCCGCCUCGAGCAGCUCUCCGUGUCGGGGUCCGUGGAGCGCAUUCGCACUGACAGCAUGGGCUCCACCAUCUCCACUGACUCAGAGCAAGAGGUGGACAUCGAGGGCAUGGAGUUCACCCCGGGCGAGGUGGACAGCGUAGACAGCAUCAGCGACGGCGAGGAGGAGGAGGAGGAGGAAGAGGAAGAGGAAGAGGAGGACCACUACGGCGUCCAGAGCAGCUCCAGCGAUACCAGCUACACAGCCGCACAUUCCCACAGACUGCAACCGCACCACUGUUAGGCACCUUCCGUCGCUCCACCAACCAGUUCCUCCCAGCGUCUUGCUUUUCCUUCCUGAUUCCCCCCCGGCCCCCCGAUGCCGCCUGUUACCUGCGUCAGACCGGUCCACGACGGCGGUACGGCUUCCACCUGUUCCAGGCCACGCCUCUGCAGGCUGACAUGCUAGCCGAGCCCUUCCUGGCACCCCUUGACCCCCCAGCGCAUCCUGCCCACCACAACCCCUUCAAACCUAGUGUUGCUGCAGGCUCAGACAGCGCAGAGGAGAGUUUGUGGCUUUUCUUUCUGAUAAUUAGAAAGAUAAUUACCGAGUCAGGCAAUAAAGAAGAACAGCUUUGACCUGUUAAUCGCUUAAUGCAAAAGCAAGUUUCAUUUAUCUUCCUGAGGCAAAAGUAUUCAGACAAGGCUUUGCACUAAAAAAAAGAAAAAAAGAAAAGCACUUCUGUUUGUCAUCCAUUAUAUAGAGAAAUGACUGUUGCUAAAGAUUUAUAGCCAUCUUGAAGCUUUCUGCUGACAAAUGCUACGAAAUUUCUAACAAACUACAUUGAAGAUUAUGAUUGUAGUGCGAGAAAUGUGAAAAAACUUCCUGGGGUGUGAAUACUUUUCCGAGGCCCUUAAAAGGUCACAUUAAGAGCACGAUCACACCCUGGACUUACCAGUCCAAAUGCAUCGACCCUUUAUUGUUCAUCUUCAUCACAUCCUGAAUGCACAGCCAGGUUGCCGUAAGCAGGCAACACACAUUGUGACAUUUUUUUAUUUUUAUUUUUUUACCCACAACCUCUUUUUAUGGUCAGUUCAUUUUUCAGUGAAGACGGCAGGAGAAACAGCAGAGCUGCAGGAGCAGAAACAGUGUAAAUAGAUAAUCCAGUUACUGUCCAGGUCUCCCUCUGGUUGGGUCGCCUAACCACUAACUCCACACUACUGACCACUACACUAUACCACCAGAUGGUGUGGAUGGACUACUAAUUCAGAGAGAAAAACAGGAAGGAAUGAGUUGCCCUACAACUAUAAAAACCCAAACAUUGUGUUUUGUUUUGUUUGUUUUUUUUUUUUUCCUUCUCAGUAGCUAAUUGAUGUAGCAAAUAAGAGGCUUCCUCUUAAGUUUUGAAGUGGUCCUGGCGGACCACGAGCUAUUGUUAUUGGGAGAUGUUUAUGUUGUUGUUUUGUUUCUUCAACCUGUAGAUGGUAAGCUGACCUUUGCGUCGGAUUCACUAACUGACCUCUGCCCGUCUGCACAGCGCCACCUAGCGAUAAGAAUUGGAAAAUUCUCCGCAGCUCUGUCGCUUCGCCUGAACUUGCAGCGUCCGAUUGGCAGGUCAAAGCUGGCAAAUCAGUGGGAAACUGUUCUUGUUCUGUUAAGAGAUAGAGAACCUAGCAAACUAAUCCUUCAGUUUUUCCAGCACAAGUAAUAAUCUUCUCUUUGCUUUCUCCUACCUUUUUUUUAAUUAUUAUUAUUAUUGUUAUUAUUAUUAUUAUUAUUAUUAUAAUUAUUAUUAUUACCCCUCUUGGCUUUUCUGGGUGAAUUUACCCCAGGCUUUGACUGUAACUAAUGCACAAUAGUGGUUAUGGACGGACAAGGCGCUCCUGUUGCUCUCUGACAGUGUUAGUAAUCAACAAGUUCCUCCGACCUCCACCUCACUCAACCCCACCCACCCAGCCAGCCACCCACCCAACCCACCCCCAGUCUUUUUGCAGUCUGUAGAGCUUGGCACUUUAAAAAAAAAAAAAAAGCAAAAACAAAACAAAACAGAAAAGCAGCUCGUCCUCUACGGCGGGUGGGUCUGACCAAAAAAAUACAAAACUGCUAAAAAUAGAAGAAAAAAAAGAACAACAACAA